CGUUGGUCCCAUGUUUGUAAAAAUGAAGAAGAAUACUUCUGUUGUCUUUUGUCUGAUUGUAACUCUAACUCUGUUUGGGGCCUGCGGCCUGGGGGUAGCGAAGACGCUUAUGGAAAAUGAGGUGAAGGGGUACUUGUCGGAUUUUCUCUUCUUAAACAAUUCGCAGAAGUUCUGUGAAGGGGGAAGUAUCAUCCAGGCUCUGAACACGGAAAAGCUCCUCAACCUGAACAGUGUGUUAGAUAUCUGUGCAUCGAAGAAGGAGUGUGAUUUUGUAUCUUACUCUCCAAAAAGGAUUUUACGAAAUUCCCUUUUUUAUGAGGACGAGAAGGAGCUGAAUAAUACGGGGUCUAACUGGAUUACCGCAAUUAAGGAGGAUCACAUAAAAGAACAAGUGAAGAAUUUCACCCUUUCGCUGAACAUGAUGGGGGAGUGUGACAACGAAGACGUCUUGAUGAGAAUUAGCAAGGACGUCACGCCGAAGGAAGCGGCAGCCGAGUGCAACAAAAUCGCCGAUUGUAAAUUCAUCGUAUUUAAUUAUAACAGAAAGUUGGGAAGUGAGGAGACACAAGUUGAUAGGGCAGUCCUUUGCUCAGAGCCCCCAAUUGGAGGCGACUGGAGGAUCCAUAACCCCGGACAACUGAGUCAAUACGAACGAAAUGCACCAUUUAGAACAGAACGCUCGCUGUGUUAUUUCCUUAUUGUUGGUU